AUGGCACUGUCACCGGGUGGCAUCGUUCCGGCUCAGCUGGGCUUUCUUGCCAUCUUUAAUCCGUCGCUGGGUCAUUCCGACGAGACCCUUGACGAUCAAAUCGUAUACUACUCUUCAGUCAGCACCCAGAGACACAAACGGCGCCACCGCUCACGUGCCAAGCCCACUGCGAAUCUGUCUCAGGAAGAACGCAAUGAACGUCUUCGUCAGAUUGGUCUUGCCCAGGGCAUGGUCGAGUUCAGUAAAAGCUUCUCUGGCGGCCAGCCUGUCGACUCCAUCGACACGGAUAAGACACGUGUGAUCCUACAUGAGCUGGAGCAAGAUUGGUGGAUCCUUGCUUCCAUUGAUCUCACUCGCAUUCCUCUCCCGCCCAAGCUCCAGACUGGGAAAGCACAAGAAACCCCAGAAGAGGUUGUCGAGUUUUCGUCUAAGGAGAUUAAGCCCUCAUCUCUUCUGUUGCAGGAUCUGCUCCGUGCUCAUUCCAUCUUUCUGCUUCACCAUGGCACCUCGCUCAGUGCCCUCUUUGUACGCUCCCAAAGGACCAAUUUCCUUAGCCUGGUUGGUCGAUAUUGGGACCUAUUCUUGUCGACCUGGAACGUGAUGUUACAAGGGAACCCGAUUCGCACAAUAUUUGGAGGUAUCAACAUCGCUGCCUCUGGUGAACUGGGCAUUGGCGUCGGCGAAGAGGAGCGGGGCAGCGGAGAACGAGAGGUAUUGGAAGGCCUGGUCACGAGAAUUGAGGGACUCAAAGAUCUCGUGGUCUCCAAAUUCGGAUCCUUGAAUGCCGAUGGGGAGUCGAGAGAUGGCAAGGGGCCGAAAAGGUCCUGGUUGGGCACAGGGCAGGAUCCGGGUCCUGAAGACGGUGCCAUAUUCCUCGGGACAGGAGCGUUAUCUCGCAAGUCGGUGAGAGACAUUACCUUAUGGAUGGAAGACUUGUAUACCUGGGGAGACAAUGCCUACGGUGUCAUCGACAGUCCGACAUCUCUUCGCGCUGUCCGACGGGGGAAGAGAGCCGAACAGGUGCCGGAGGCCACAUCAGUGCCGAUCCCGACGGCAUUGACGAAGCCUUCAGUGCGGCCACCGGUUCGUCCAAAUGCAAAUCGAUCAAACUCUGGCUCCGGUUCCGGAAGCUCGACCUCAACGAGAACACUCGCAGAGCGGCGUGGCUUGGAGAUUGGCACAGUGAAAGAGGCCAAAAGGCCAGCUUCAAUCAAGGAUAAAACACCUCCUAUUCCUAAAGACACCAACGCCGCCACCGAUGCUACCGCCACGCCAGCACAAGAAGAGAGUGAUGGCCAUAUGGAUAAGAUUAUGACGGUCAUGAAGCUGGGUUACGGCACUUACUGGUCAAUCGGCAAGUCGGAUUCUUCUUCAUCUACGGUUAAGAGCCAACUUUCUGCCAUUGCUGCCUUGCAGAGUAUGGAGCCCUCCAAGGCCGCCGGAAACGCGCAUGUGAAGCCAAAGCAGAUGGAUGACGAUGAGGGACACUACCUCAUCGGCUUGAUGGGCGACGUUGAGGAGGGCAGCGGCGAUGACGAAAUCGGGGUCUCAGAUGAGGCAGCUGAGAACGAGUCAAACUCUCGUACUAUGCUUCGCACCGUCCAUGUUGAGCUCGAAAAGAUAGGUACGGACCGGCUAGAGACAGAUGUCGUGAGGAACCUUGGGAGCUUCACGAAUGAUGUGACGCCUCUCGGGGCAAACGCCGUGAGCUCGAACCCAACGUUUGGAAACCAAGACUCCAACAAAGCAAGCAAAAUGCGCGUCGUCGUGUACGUAAACAAACCCUUCGUAUUCACCUUCCUCUUUGAGCUGAGGACCGACUCGUUGGCUUGGAACUCGUUUUACAAGUCGCUCCAUUUGCAGUUGGCACCUCUGCGAAAGCCACUUUUGUCGUCGAUACAAUAUCGGCCAGAGAGACCGGAGGCCACUUCCUCCCCGUCCAAUAUUUACGAUCUUGUGUGGGACGCCGAGGCUAUGACGGUGUACUCGACUAUACCAAAUAUCCCGGAUCAUACGCAAGCGUUCCAGCCAAAUGCCCAAUUGCCCUGGUCAAGGGUGGAGGCCAUGAAUACACACAUGCAACUGCUCAACAUUUUCAAUCUCACCCGACCGGAAAUGAAUCAGCUCGAGAGGACCUGCAAGACCAAUCGUGGUUGGUGGGUCGUCUGGCAGCGUAUCUUGAACCGACACGCUACACCCGGUGAAGCAUAUCAGUCGAUGGAGACCGACGAGGACGACGACAAGUCGACCUCUGACAGAGAGGUAUUGCCGGCGAGCGGGGACAGCUCUAGCACAGCGCGGCCGUCUCCGCCUGCGCCGCCGAGCCUGACGGUCAGCAACGAGAUCAUCUUGAUCCGCAGGGCGAGCGACCACGCCGGCUACCGCGGCGUCAGCUCGUCGUUCGCCGAGAGCGGAGCGGGGACGGGAGCAGGAUGGGGCGGUGACGGCGCGGGCCGUCUGGCGUCGGGCAUCGGCAUUGAUACACGGAAGUAUAUUGAGGGACUUUUGAACUUUAGCCGGUAA